AUGGCCGGCGGCGACGAGGAGGCCACGACGGCGCUGCUGCCGCCGCCGGCGGGGUCGGCGGAGGCGGAGCACCCUCCCCCACCGCCGGCCGACCGGCUCGGGGUCGGCUACCUCAUCUUCUUCACGCUCGGCGCGGGGUUCCUGCUCCCCUGGAACGCCUACAUCACCGCCGUCGACUACUUCUCCUACCUCUACCCGGGCGCGCCCGUCGACCGCGUCUUCUCCGUCUCCUACAUGCUCUCCUGCCUCCUCCCGCUGCUCCUCAUCGUGCUCGUCUUCCCCAAGUCCAGCGCCCCGGCCCGCAUCAACACCGGGCUCACCCUCUUCACGCUCGCGCUCCUCGUCGUGCCCGUCAUGGACGCCGUCUACGUCAAGGGCACGCCGCGCCUCUACGGCGCCUUCGACGUCACCGUCGCCGCCACCGUCAUGUGCGGCGUCGCCGACGCGCUCGUGCAGGGCGGGGUCAUCGGCUUCGCCGGGGAGCUCCCCGAGCGCUACAUGCAGGCUGUCGUCGCCGGAACUGCCGCUUCAGGUGUACUUGUCUCAGCGCUUCGAGUGAUCACAAAAGCGAGCUUCCCUCAGGACCCCAAUGGGCUAAGGCAAAGCGCAAUCCUGUAUUUCAUGGUUGGCAUGGUGGUCAUGAUCAUCUGCAUAGUGUGCUACAACGUGGCGCGCCCGGUCGUGGUGUACUACAAGAACAUCAAGCAGAGGGCUCAGAAGGCAGAGGUGGGUGGUGGCAUGACGGGGCCUGCCUGGAGGUCGACCCUGUGGAGCAUCGUCGGGACAGUGAAGUGGUACGGGAUAGGAGUAGUUCUCAUCUAUGCGGUCACCCUGUCCAUAUUUCCGGGGUUCAUCACGGAGGACGUGCACUCGGAGGCGCUCAAGGACUGGUACCCAAUCAUGCUCAUCAGCGCAUACAACGUGUUUGAUCUCAUCGGCAAGUGCCUGCCGGCCAUCUACCUCCUGCAGAACUCCAAUGUUGCGGUUGCCGGUUCGUUCGCGAGGCUCCUGUUCUAUCCUCUCUUCUAUGGCUGCCUGCACGGACCCAGCUACUUCCGCACCGAGAUCCCGGUCACCGUGCUGACGUGCCUUCUCGGGCUCACCAAUGGGUACCUGACCUCCGUGCUCAUGAUCCUCGCGCCCAAGGCCGUGCCCAUACACCACUCCGAGACCGCGGGGAUCGUCAUAGUGCUGUUCCUUGUGGUUGGGCUGGUCGUCGGUUCGUUUGUCGCUUGGUUUUGGGUCAUCUGA